AUGAUGCGAGAUAUGCAUAGAUAUGCGAGAUACCCGGAUGCUCGGAGUUUUGCGCUGAUGGCUGCUAUGUGUCCCCACAAGAUGAGGAGUGCCACGAGCUCAGAUGUUUGGUGGCUUUGGCGCAGGAUUUUUCCAGUUGGUCAAAGCCCUGUAAGGGAAGCACUGCGAAGAUACGUCAGUGGAAAUAGCCCAGGAGCAUUUUGGACCGCUUCGGCUGUUUUCACAGCUAGAGCUCGCAACGCAUCCACUCCUGCCAAGAGCCAUUUCCUCUGGUUCAAAAAUGGUAUUGGUGCCAACUGUGCUGCUCCGAGGUGCCAGCAGAAAGAUCACCGUGCCAAUCUUCUCAGCAUUGAUGACCCAGCUGGUUAG